AUGGCAGCAAUCGGUGCGACAACACUCUUCCUAUCGGUCGCUCUGUUUAUUUUGCAAAACUAUGUGAACCACAGGUCUAUAGAGACCAAGGAUGAGGACCUGAGGGAUGUGUACGACUUCAUAGUGGUCGGGUCCGGAGCGGCCGGCUCUAUAGUGUCGAGCAGAUUGGCUGAGAACCCACACGUCAAUGUACUGCUUCUGGAGGCUGGAGGUCCAGCCGGUGGUAACACCGAUAUUCCCGGUGCUUAUUGGCAUUUCUUUAACUCACCCAUUGAUUGGAACUACACUCAAGAGGAGCAGUUUGUUGGGAAGGCAUACAUUCACCGACGGAUUCCUGAAUCUAAAGGAAUGCUAAUCGGCGGCAGCUCUUCAAUCAAUACAAUGAUUUACAACAGAGGAAACCGAAGGGUUUACGACGAUUGGGCCAAACUGUUUGGGGCCGAGGGAUGGACUUAUGAGGAAGUUAUGCCUUAUUUCUUGAGGUUUGAGAAUCAAACGGAUCCAUUGUUGGCCAGUAAUGGAUUUCAUUCGACUACCGGUCCAAUGCAAGUGACGUCUUGGGCCACUCCACCGCCUAUUAUGCUAUUACAUCAAAAGGCUGUCAAUGAAUUGGGGUUUAAGAAUGUGGACAUCAAUGGCGCGGAACAGUUCGGCACAAUGAUGGCACAGGCAUUCAUUGAUGUGAAUGGUGUGCGAACCAGUGCUUCCAACAGCUACAUAGACCCCAACCCAUACCCCCAUAACUUGCAUAUUCUUCCCAAUUCUUUUGUCACAAAAGUCAUAUUUGAGGGCAAGAGGGCGGUGGGGGUUGAGUUUGUCAGACACGGAGUCAUUCGCACGGCAUUUGCCAAAAGGGAAGUCAUUCUCAGUUGUGGCGCUGUUAGAUCACCGCAUACUUUGAUGCUCUCAGGAGUUGGUCCUAAAGAACAGCUCCAAAAGUUUGGAAUACCUGUAGUGGCGGACCUGCCUGUGGGCGAGAACUACCAGAACCAUCCCGGGGUUUCUCUCAACUUUCUAAUCAAUGAGAAAUAUAAAUAUCUGGUGGGAGAGGGCUACUGGGGGGUUACGAUAGCCAACUUGAAUGAGUGGUUCACUCAUAAGAAGGGUAUUCUUACUCAACACUACAGAGCACUGACCUACCUGUACACCAAGAACAACCCGGAUGGACCCCACUUUCCCAACUCAAUCUUCGAGACAGGAAUCUAUAUGUUUCCACAGAAUUUGACGGAAAAUAUUCUUCGAUACGAGCGACAGCACGAAUGGGAUCAGUUCAACACCCAGCUCUUGGGGAAGGACUACCUCUUUGUGCACACAAUUCUGCAUCGCGUCAGAAGUCGUGGUUAUAUUCGUCUCGUGUCUAACAAUCCGUUUGUUUAUCCGGCAAUAAAUCCCAGACUUUUAACUCAUCCCAAAGAUUUGGAAGACUUACACGAGUCAAUGAAAUACAUGUAUUUCGUAUUCGAGACCUCAUCCAUAGCUAAAUAUUUGGCUCCCAUGACACCCAUACCUGGCUGCCAGUUCUGUGCCAAGGGUUAUGUCUAUGAAUGCGAUCCAUACAUCAGUUGUGUCAUCGAACAGAUCACAGAUUCUGGUUUCCAUUCUUCCAGCUCUUGUCGCAUGGGUUCCGUCCAUAGGGAUGAUGUGGUGGUCGACCCCAGACUUCGGGUCAAAGGUAUCGAGAGUUUACGUGUUUGCGACGCCUCUAUAAUGCCUGUCGUCUCAAAUGGCAACACAUAUUCACCAACUCUUAUGAUCGGCGAAAAUCAUUGCCAUCAAAACUCAAUAGACAAAAGUGGCCAAAAUGCUGUGAAAAGAGCUUUUUAUCAGUUGAUUACAAGUUGUAUAUUAUGUCUGGUAUUCAUGUUAGCAGAAGUGAUUGGAGGGGCUUUGGCUAAUAGUCUGGCUAUUAUGACGGAUGCGGCACAUAUGUUGAGUGAUUUGGCGAGCUUUCUAUUGGGACUGUUGGCCCUAUGGCUCAGUCAGCGACGGCCAACACAACGCAUGUCUUUUGGCUACUAUAGGGCCGAAGUGUUGGCCUCAUUGGCCUCAAUGAUCAUCAUUUGGAUUCUGACCGCAAUUCUCGUCUAUUUGGCUGUCAUUCGCAUUAUUGAAGAGGACUAUGAAAUCAAUUCAUUGCCAAUGCUUAUAGUGUCGGGCAUUGGAGUGACUAUGAAUCUAGUAAUGGGUUUAACACUUUCCGAUGCAUUUUGUGUCAAGAAGUCAAAGCAAAACAAAUCACCACAAGUCGGACACCAACAUCACAGUCACAGCCACUCCUCACACGGCCACUCGCACUCCAAUAUGAAUGUCAGAGCAGCUUUUGUUCAUGUAUUGGGAGACCUAAUCCAAAGUGUGGGCGUAUUAAUAGCUGCUUUAAUCAUAUAUUUUAAGCCUGAAUAUAAGAUUGCGGACCCCAUUUGUACGUUUAUAUUCAGUGUAUUAGUGCUGAUCACAACAUUCAAUGUAUUGAAGGACUCAUUCUUUGUACUGAUGGAGAGUUUUCCCUUAAAUAUUGACUACAAUUCUGUCAAAGAAUCCCUCAAACAAAUAGAAAGUGUGAGAAAUGUCCACAGUUUACACAUUUGGUCGCUUACACUGGACAGGAAUGCCUUAUCAGUACAUUUGGCCAUUGAUUAUAACGGUGAUUCUGAUAAGACCUUGAAAUUGGCACAAACAUUUAUUAGAGAUAAGUAUCACAUAAACGAAAUCAAUAUUCAAGUCGAAAGAUUUAAUGCAAAAACAAUGGAGAAGUGUAUUACUUGUAAAGGAUUUUAA